AUGCUUCGAUUUCUACUGCUACUCGCCAUUAGUGCGGCGGUGGUCUCGUGUUUUGGCGAAAAUGGCCAGUACCAGCUGGACGAGCUCAACCCGUCCUUCAUCCUGCGUGGCGAUGAGUUUGGGAAUGACACGAUAGUUAUCAACCCUAACGAGACUGGCGCAACGCUGCAAAUUAACGGUCUUUUUACGAAUGUUAACAAUGUGUCGUUGAGUGUUGUCACGCCAACUCAACUAUUUACGCAAAGCCAAAUCAUUUCAAAUGGUGCUCGAGGCUUGAGAAUUGUCUUUUUCCCAGUGACGAUCGCGGUGGCGAAAUCGAGCGAUAGGAAUUUUUGGCUGUCUGUCACCCUGAUUUCGCCUAAAAGUGUCCCCAAUGACGUUGGCUUGGAUGAUUAUGUCCUCCAAACAUUUACGCCUACGACCAAAAUCACUCCUCCUUACACAAUCCAAUCAAACUCCACCACUUCUACGUUGCGGACAAUCGUUAAUACCCAAUACUCAAAAACGGCUUGCUUCCCAUUUGAGAUGACGGACCUGAAAAUUGACACUGGGUGCAACAUCACCAUGUAUGCCGGCGCUGCACCAUACAAAAAAUCCGCAAUUCUCUACCAAUUAAUUCGUGUUACUGACCACGACUACAACACCUUCUAUGGGGCCACUUUCUCGUAUAACUACUACACUUUCCAAAUUCCGGCCGGUUGUACCGUAUCAUUCCGGUUGGCUGAAUCAAAAAAUAUCACCGAACGGGACUACGAUCCGGGUUAUUGGACCCAAGGGUUUGUUGCUAGCUGCGAAUUCCCAGGAUUUGGUCUGAACCAAUAUGCCCCGGCAACACCCGUCCAUACUUUAAUUCGAGCAAAAGGCCAAAGCACAAUUGACAUCAAAGCGAUGCUUUGGAGCCAAACGAAGGUCGGAAAUGGAGGCAGUUUCCAGGCUUCAGUUUUGGAAGGCGGAAAGGCGGUGGCCACCCUUAAUCAGACCGACAAAAAUCUCGAAGGGCACGGCCAUGAUCUGCAAGUCGACUACACCCCGGGAGCGCCCGGCCGCACUGGACUCCUAUUAACAUAUUCAUUUGGAGAUCCAGAUGUGGUCUACUAUGAUGUCAGCUCUGAUCCCCUAAUCUACGACACAAGGAUCAUGUCUACGAAGGCCUAUCAAGUCCAAUGCACUGGUGCCAUCGUUCAAGUCAAUGCUAAUAAUGCCACUGGAGCUGGAAAUAUCAUUUUUACAGAUGCUACGCAGACUUGGAGUAUCCUGGACGUAGCCAAACAAUCUCGACGAUUCAACGGAUACGUUCAUGUCUCUGGCAAUGACAACUCGGCCUACGUUGCCGCCUUCACUUGCCUGAAUCAAAAUAUGGAUUCCACUGGCAUGGGCCUCGACAACUACCAAAUCUAUAGCUACCGACAAAACACCAAAUCGACUUUGGUCAUCCCAAGUAAAAGUGGACCCCAAGCAGUCACCAUCGCUCCGACAAUACUUUCGAGCUUGGGCGUAUUCCUUUCCCGACCUGUUGUGUCGGGCUCUGGCUGUAGCGCCCAGCUUUACGUCUCCGGAGUUCCAUCGAAGAACCGUAAAAGCGCAAUGAUGCUGUAUAAAUUCAAUUCGUCUACUACUGAUAAAUUCGUCCAAUCCGGCUUGUUCUCAGUUUUUACUUUCGUGCUCCCGGCUGGUUGCGGAUUUAACGUUGACCUAGCUGAUAGCCCAGAUAAUAACGCCUCAUAUGACGAUGGUGCUCAUGGAUUUAUGGUUAGCAAGGAAUAUCCGGGAUAUUUGUAUAACUAUUGGGGCCUGGCUGCCAGCAGUUUUUCAAAGACUUUCAUCAAAAACACAAACCUUGAUGACGUCAAGUUCACUAUUGAUAUGCCCCUGGUAGACCCUGGAACCGGAAUGCUCAAUUUAACGAUCUUCAACACGGAUAAAAAUACAAACCAGAUAAUUAGCAGCUACUCGACGGAUCGGCAUCUCUCCAGCGUCGGAUUUAUGAUGAGAAUAGACUGGCAACCCCAAUUCACAAAAAGUGGAAUGUUACUCAAAUGGAGAAUGGAUGCUGUGAAAGCCGGCAGUGCGCCAAGUCUAUUUGCUGCGUUGUUUGUCGUAUUUUAUUAUUUGUGGAAG